AUGGAAGACGCAGUUUUGUUGCUGCUUAUGCUGUUUGUAUUAGUGAUGGCAUCGUACAUGCUUGGACGGGCUUCGUGUAUGAUUGUUUCACAAAGUAGCUUUGCACUUAUUCUUGGACUAUUUGUGGGUAUCUCUAUGAUUUUGGGUGGUAAACACGCGGCACUCCAUACCCACCUGAACUUGGACAACAGUCUUUUCUUUAAUGUCUUGCUACCGCCAAUUAUCUUUGAGGGAGGCUUUUCUGUCAAGCGUCAGGCUUUCUUUCGCAAUUUUCCAGCUAUUAUGAGUACAGCGGUGUUAGGUACGGUUGUAGCCACGACAAUCACGGGUGGUGUUUUAUAUCUUGCAGGCUUAGCUGGAUUGGUGACUAAGCUGUCAUGGGUGGAGGCUUUCCUCUUUGGUACACUGAUCAGUGCUGUUGACACUGUGGCUACAUUGAGCUGCUUCGAUAAGCUCAAUGUACCGCCGUUAUUGUUCAACCUCGUUUUUGGAGAAAGCGUAAUGAAUGACGCAGUGGCGAUUGCAUUGUACCAGACGCUGCACAAGUGGGACGCGGAAAGUAACCUGACAACUAAACAGUUGAUACGAGUAGCACUCAAUACUAGCGGUAUGUUUAUCGGAUCAUUGACUGUGAGUGCUAUUAUCACGCUUGGCGGAGCGUUCCUGCUCACACGCCAGUUCUUCGCCACAUUGCGCUAUUAUCCGAGUUAUGAAAUUUCGCUAUGUUUAAUCUUUAGUCUGUUGACAUACUUCGUGGCGGACAGAUUAAAGCUGAGUGGAAUUGUUGCACUUUUCUUUUCAGGUACCAUGACGGCGCACUAUCACUUCAACACGUUAUCGCGGGAGGCGCAGCACGCGUUUACGCACCUGUUGCACACAUUGGCGUUUGUUUGCGAGAACAUUGUGUAUGUUUUCAUGGGUACGUCAGUGGUAAUGAUAUUUGCUGGCCAUGGAGAAGCGAACGCUGGGGCGUCACUGCGCGUAGAUGAUAUCGACUGGUCGUUUAUUGGUCUUACGCUGGCGGCCUGCAUCGUUGGACGGUUCUUUAACAUUUUUCCGCUUUUAAGUUUGUGCAACUGCUUGCGUUCGCAAUCGAACCGGAUUCCAGUCAAACACAUGAGCGUCAUUUGGCUUGCAGGUCUUCGCGGAUCGAUGGCUUUUGCUCUGGCCAAAAAUUGGAAUUACGUUGGUCUUCAUGGAGCAUCGCACCGCCGUCUCAUCGAGUCCACGACUCUUGUCGUGAUUCUCAUUACGACGAUUGGAAUUGGCGGCCUUAUGGGUCCGUUGCUGUCAAUCUUGCACCUUACAAGCAAGCGUAAAGACCAUAGUCAUCUCGACCAGUCUGACACGGACAGGAGCUCUGCAUCUACAUCAGAAUCCGAAGAGAUUUUAUCACGGCAAGCUCAACGGAGCACACGCCAUGAUGAUGACUCGCAUAAAGCCUUAGCUUUUCCACAGGAAAAAAAGCUGAAGGAGAAUGAUGAUGGAAAAGGUGACGAGGUCUCAUUUUGUACUCCACGACCACAGUUCCACGAUACGAUGAGCGACGACGAAGAUGGUCUGAACGUCCGUGCUGUGGAUAGAUCCCGUAGCAAUUCACUGACUGGAGCUUUCUUCCGCAAUUGGCAAAUGUUUGACAGAACAUACAUGCAACCAGUAUUUGGUGGCACGUCUCAACAACUUGUCACGACGACAAUAGAUGAUAAUCCUGCGCUUGUGGUGGCUGAGCACACUGUAUGA